AAUCAAAAAUGGUAAAGUAAAAAAGUUAUUUCCCUGCUGCACAAGCUAUCCAGCUGCCACUCUUUAACUCACUUUUUCUCACAAUAAGUCAUUCUCUUCCUUCCUACUUUUCCCCCUCACAAACUCAUUUCAUCAUAUCAUCAUCAUCAUCCAAUGGCACCCAGAAGGAUUGAGAUGCUGCUAAGGCUGUGCCUUGUUAUGGCUCUUUGGGGUGGCACAUUGGCUCAAUCUCAAUCAAGUUGCACCAAUGUCUUCAUAAGUCUUGCUCCCUGCCUUGACUAUGUAACAGGAAAUGUCUCAAACCCUUCCUCUUCUUGCUGCUCUCAACUUGCCUAUGUAGUGAGUUCACAACCACUGUGCCUGUGUGAGGUUGUUAGCGGUGCUGCUUCAACAAUUGCUGCAAGUUUCAACAUCAAUCAGACUCGGGCUUUGGCUCUCCCCACUUCUUGCAACAUUCAGACACCUCCUCUUACCACCUGCACUGGCUCACCAGCCUUUUCCGUUUCAAACUUUCCCAACUCCCCUUCAGGGAUUGGAUCCAACACUGUUUCAUCAGCGACCGGAAGUAGUACAUUUGUCGGUGGUUCAUCUCACCAAAAUUCAAGUUCCACUUCUAAAUUAUCAUGUUCUUGGUUUCUGAUGUUUGUCCUUGCAACCACUUUGACUUUCACCUUCAAGAGUACCACAUCGCUCAACAUUUUUUAAACCUUCUCAUUAUAUAUCCUUCACAGCUUCCAGCUUACCCACUUAUAUUAUAUUACAAUGUCUCUUAUGCCUUAACAAAGUUAGGAUUAGCUUAACUUCUGUACUUUUAAUUAUUUCUAUUUUCCUACCUCAACUUGGUUUUCUUUUGUUUAUUCGUAAAA